AUCUAGUGUCAUUUAGUUCAUCAGGGAAACCGCUUGUCACUAAUUUCUCCAAGCCAAGUAAGUUCCGAAAUAGAAACACAUCAGGGGUCGUGUGACGAUCACGAGACCGAAGCAUCACACCAUCCACCCAUCAAGAAUCACCCCACCAGGAACCCCAAUAUGACACUCUCUUUCCCCAAAAAUUCUCCAAGGCAAAUGUACAGCAGUUUAAAUAUAAUCCACCUCAUCAAAUUCAUCAACUCCAUCUGGCGACGGGUCGAAACGCUCGAUGACCCCACCAUUCUCUCGACCCUCGAAACGAGAUUACAGCAUCUGAGCGAGAAUCUGGAGUACUUGCGGCGGGAGAGCGAGCUAUUGCUGAAAGAUGGCGAGAGGAGGAGGGAAGUCGGUGUGCUAAUAGGAGGAUUGAGUGUUGACUUGAAUGUAUUGGAUAUCAUGGUUGGGAAAAUGAAAAAGGGGAUUGUGGAUGAGGGGAGUUUUGAAGGAUUACUGGAGAGGUUGGAAUGUAGAUUGGAGGAUAUGAGAGAGGUUUUGGAGAGUGUGAAGAAGGCGCAGAAUAUGGGGUUGAAUUGGGCAAUUCACGAGAUGAAGAAUAGUUGGCAUCAUCACGUCCAUUGGUCUGAUCUUGUGGAAGUGAGGUAUCCGAAGGAUGAAUUUUAUCAGAUGGAGAGAGGAAAGGAGAAGGACGGGGCGAAGUUGGAUUUGAGGAAGGAUGACGGGUUCGAUGAUGAUUGUAUUACUGUUUUCGUUAGAUUUCAGGACAGUGGGUUUGCGACGAAGUUGCAGGGGAGCGAGAUUGAAGUUUUGGCACCGAAGGGUACGACAUUGGGGGAUUUGAAGAAGGCGUUGAGAGAAAAGAUUGGAGUACCGAUCUGUCAGCAACUGCUGUCGCAUAGAGGGAGCAUGCUGGAUAAUGACUUUACCUUUCAAGAUUGCGGCCUUGAAAAUGAAAGCACCUUGAACGGAGUAAUCAUCUCGAAACAUUUAGCUGAAGGAUCGCCGAAAACUUCUUGGUUCUGGGCAAAUGGAAGCUGAACAAGAAACAUCGAACGACGAAUUAGCAGCACUUGCUUCCACGAAUUGGCUUCGAGGAGGCAAGCACAAAUCCAAAGCAGCGAGUCUACCGAAUCUGGGCAGAGGAUUGAUUUGAAAACAAGUGAAGGGUAUCAUUCUCGACUAUGUCUUUUGUCAACC